AUGCCGGGGAACCGGCAGCCGAGGGUCCGGUCCGGGAACGAGCUUCGUCCCGCGCCCGCCAUGGAGCCGGAGGGGCGCGGGGCCUGGGCCCACAGCCGCGCCGCGUUCGACCGGUUGGAGAAGCUGCUGCGCUGCUCGCGUUGCACUAAUAUUCUGAGGGAGCCUGUGUGUUUAGGGGGAUGUGAGCACAUCUUCUGUAGUAAUUGUGUAAGUGACUGCAUUGGAACCGGAUGUCCAGUGUGUUACACCCCAGCCUGGAUACAAGAUGUGAAGAUAAAUAGACAGUUGGACAGCAUGAUCCAGCUUUGUAGUAAGCUCCGGAAUUUGCUGCAUGACAAUAAGCUAUCAGAUUUGAAAGAAGACACAUCUAGGCAAAAUGUAUUCAAUGAUGCAGAAAAUAAGAAGAAUUCAAUAAAAAUGUGGUUUAGUCCUCGAAGUAAGAAGGUCAGAUAUGUUGUGACUAAAGUUUCAGUGCAAACCCAGCCUCAAGUGAUAGAUGAUGGGAACGCUCAGCAGGCCUCAGUGUACAAAUUUGUCUCUACAAGUCCUCCAACAAGUGUUCCUGAGAGGGCUAAAAAGGCUUCCACGAGGUCCAGCAAAAAACAGAAAAAGAAAACUUUAGCUGAAAUCAACCAAGAAUGGAAUUUCGAGGCAGAAAAAGAAGAUGGUGAACCUGACUCCAAAGAGGAAUUUAAGGAAAAGCUGGUGUCUUUCUGUAGCCAGCCAUCUGUUAUCGCUAGUCCUCAGACAAAUGGUGACAUAGACUUACUAGCAAGUGACUCUGUAACCGAAUCGGAGUGUUCUAGAAGCUUAACUGAAGUCUCCUUACCAUUGGCUGAGCAAAUAGAGUCUCCAGAAACAGAGAGCAGGAAUGAAGACGCGACUCCCGAGAAGAAUGCUUGUGUGAAUCAUCUUACAUCUAAGCAGCCCUUGCCAUCAGGUCAUAAUGGGCGACCUGGACGUCGCAGCAGACGGUCCAGUCCCAUUUCUAAGAGAUGCAGAAGCAGCAUUCCUGGCACGAGUGGGCAGCAAAUGCUGCUUUCAGAAAACAAACCACUGCCUGGCUGCUCUUCACCACCUCCAAGCAAACGUAAAGUUGGUGACACAUUAAGGAGGAAAAACAGUAAUAUAUCAGACGAAUCCAUGAGCCUUUCACCAGGUACACCACCUUCUACACUGAAUAGUCCAAGUUACAGACGGAUGAUGUUCAGCCCUUCAGCAAUGAAGCUGUCUCCCGGUAGCCUUACAGCUGUGAAAAGAAAUCAUAGAGGAGAGACUUUGCUUCAUAUUGCUUCAAUUAAGGGCGACCUACCUUCUGUGGAAUACCUCUUACAAAAUGGAAGUGACCCAAAUGUUAAAGACCAUGCUGGAUGGACACCAUUGCACGAAGCCUGCAACCAUGGGCACCUGAAGGUGGUGGAAUUGUUGCUACAGCACAAGGCGUUGGUGAACUCCGCUGGGUAUCAGAAUGAUUCACCACUUCAUGACGCUGCCAAGAAUGGGCACAUGGAUAUAGUCAAGCUCUUACUUUCUUAUGGAGCCUCCAGGAAUGCCGUGAACAUAUUUGGUUUGCGGCCUGUGGAUUAUGCAGAGGGUGAAAAUAUGAAGUCACUAUUGCUGCUACCAGAGGAGAAUGAAUCAUCAUCAACUCGCCAUUGCUCAGUACUGGAGAAGAAUUACAUCAAAUGUGUCAAAAACAAAGAUACCUUUAUGGUGGUCUUGGAGUGUGAACAUGGCGAUGUCCUCAGAGAAGAGGAAGUUGUUUACCCCCCCUCAGUUCUACCCAGUUACUGCUGUGUUUUUAUAAAGUGUAAGAAGCCUGUACCUUCUGCAUGUCUGAUGGACAUGGCCUCACAGUAUCAUUAUUACUAUCUUCAUGUCCUAAGUGAAUCCAAGGUCAGGAAAAGCAAACAAGUGAGAGCAGGGGAGGUAGAAGGCAGCUCUGCAGGUGGUGGUGCUGGACCAACCAGAAGCAGAACAAUACUUAAAACAGUGAUGGAGAAGAAAAGUCAUCUAGGGGUGAAAGCAUGUCUACAAAGAAAAGCAUGUGAACAGGAGGAAAAGUAUGAGAUUCCUGAAGGACCACAGCGAAGCAGGCUCAACAAAGAACAGCUGUUGCCAAAGCUGUUUGAUGGCUGCUACUUCUAUUUUGGGGGAGCCUUCAAACACCAUCCAAAGGACAACCUUGUUAAGCUUGUCACUGCAGCUGGAGGCCAUGUUCUCAGUAGAAAGCCCAAGCCGGACAGCGACGUGACUCAGACCAUCAAUACUGUCGCGUACCAUGCGAAAGCUGACUCUGAUCAGCGCUUCUGCACGCAGUAUAUCAUCUAUGAGGAUCUGUCUAACCAUCGCCCAGAGAGGGUGCGGCAGGGCAAAGUCUGGAUGGCUCCUUCCAGCUGGUUUAUAGAUUGUGUGAUGUCCUUUGAGUUGCUCCCUCUUGACAGCUAA